AUGGCUGGUAUCAACAUUGGACGUCCGCUGGGCCAGGAGUUGCAGCCCUGGCAGGCAUUCGACAUCAUUGGAGGCACCAGUACCGGAGGGUACCUUGCCCCUGAUCAAUCCAAAAUUUGUUUGACUCCAAGGCUGACCGACAUCUUGCGGCAUAGCAUUAUCGCCAUCAUGCUAGGUUGUCUUCGCAUGACCAUUCGCGAAUGUCAAGACACCUAUAAGUCGCUCUCCGAAGCGGUUUUUACCCCAAAAAGAGGGAAAUACAACGGCUGGCGAGCAGUGGAUUUUCUCAGGGCGAACGAGAAAUUCGACUCGAAGAUUCUGGAAGAUGAGAUCAAGAAAGUCAUCGCCGAAAAACUUCAAAAUGAUGAAACCCUGUUGAGUCAGGCAAAUGAGGAUUGCAAGGUAUUCGUCUGUGCUGUCCACGAAGAGAACACAUCGGCCGAAUGCAUCCGGUCUUACAAGCUGCCUGGCAAAGAUGACCGAUUGUCUGAAGAGUGCAAAAUCUGGGAAGCCUGCCGUGCGACCUCAGCGGCGACAACCUUUUUCGCUCCUUGCACUAUUGGACCGUUUGGCCAGAAAUUUGUCGAUGGUGGCAUCAGACAUAACAAUCCGGUGAACCUGGUGGCAAAAGAGACGGCGAAACUCUGGCCGAACCGGGAAGUGCUACUCCUCAGUGUGGGAACGGGCGUUCCUCCAGAUCUCCCGUUUCAAGGCAACCUAAUAAGUAUUGCAAAGCGACUGAAAGACAUUGCUAAUGAGACCGAAGAGGUUCACGAGUUAUUCUAUAACAGCCAUAAAGAAAUGGUCAGGAGCAAGCAGUACUUCCGAUUCAAUGUUCCGGGGAUGGGUGGAAUAGGUUUGGAGGAGUGGCAGGAGAUACCACGGGUGGCCAGUGCAACUCAGAAGUACCUUAGCAGGGGCAACUCGGAAACAGACUUAGGCGAAUGCGUUGAUACUAUUGUGCGAAUUUCUCAAGUCUCGAAGGAGGCCCUCGAGCUUAUUGACACGAUUUCGCCCCUCACGUUUUCCGACAAGCACGAUGAGCUGCUAAGUAAACGCACUGAGGGCACCGGCAAUUGGUUCUUGGAGUCUCCCAUCUUCACUACGUGGGCCAGUGCCUCCCAGAGCACUCUUUGGUGUCCUGGAAUCCCUGGUGCUGGCAAGAGCGUAAUGAUGUACUUUCCCCGUAAUGAAGGAUGUCGUGCCAGAGUUCCGUUAAUUCAAGACAGGUCUACUGCCGCUAACCAACUUUCCCAAGCUUAUGAAACGGAUCCACAUGUCGGAAUUGCUUGGAUCUAUUGCGACUACAAGGAUGCGCAGACCUUGCAAACAUCCGCUCGCUUCCUUCUUGCAUUCUGGAAGCAAUUAGUUCUUAAACGUGGCACCUUAUCUGAUGAUGCCAAAGCCAUAUGUCAACAAACACGUGGCGGCCUUAGGGCUGAAGAAGCUCUCAGGCUGCUAGAUUCCGAGUGUCGCAAAAAUUCAAAGACCUUUCUCAUGGUGGAUGCCCUGGACGAGUGUACAGAUCAGAUUGAUACACAAAAUGAAAUGGAGCAGGGCAAACCCAAGGAGAACUCUUCUGGGAAAAUUGAUGAAGCUUCAAACUGA